CCACUAUUACUCACUGGAAGUUUCACCAAAUCAAUGCUAGUGUGUGUUCUUAGAACUCUCAGAAUUUAACAGCAUAACAGGAGGCGAUGUUGUGAUAUAAACAUCAACAAAACUUUUCCCAGAGCUUCUUGUUCUUCAACACAACAGUGUCAACUGAAGGAAAAAAUCAAGACACACGAAUCAAAGAAAUCAAACUCAAGAACUAGGAUUGUGUUUCAAGGGAAAUCAUUCUUGGUGGCUUAAUCAUAAGACUUUCUUACUUGAAUUGAUAUUUGGAUUAUUAGAACAGCCGGAAAGAUUGGAUCAGCUUUAUCCUUCAGAUAUAUAAAACUAAGGAUUACGACGCUACUUUGGAUCUGUUUGGAUUUGAGUGGAAUUGAGUCAAGUACAUUGAAGUGAGAGAUCCGAACUUGAACACCCACGUGAGAUCUGAAAUGCUGGUGAUUUGAAAGUCUAUAUUCAAGGUUAACUGACUAACUGAACAAGAUGAGGGGAUUAGAUUAUUUAGAUAUCUCCACCAUUGGAACUUUACUGCUGCUUAGUAUCACUGCCCUACAUGCUGCUUUUACCAGUCCCCCCAGUUUUACCAGAGAGCCAGUAAAAGAGUCUGCUUAUAAGAAGAAUCAAGAAGUAAAGCUACAUUGUGAAGCUACAGGGAACCCAACCCCAGAGUUCACCUGGGAGAAGGAUGGUGUCAAGCUCUCCAUGACGGGUGAUCGUUACACAAUGCGUGAUGGUAGCGGCACUCUUACCAUUAAUAGUCCUGCAUCUUACGACCAUGGCACUUAUCAGUGCUUUGCCAAGAACCACUUUGGCAGCGCAAUCAGUAAUAAGGCUGUACUCAAAGAGGCAGCCCAAGAUCCAUUUCCAAAGAAAGACGCCCCAGUGACUAACAGACCUUUGCUAGGGCAGUCCUUGAUCUUGAAUUGUCAACCCCCAGCAGGGUACCCUGAUGGCAGAAUAUUCUGGGCUCUAGACUCUGAUAGUGAGGAAGCGAUCAAUACCGUCGAACUAAGUGACAGAGUAACACAGGAUCACAAUGGUAAUCUCUACUUUGCUAAUGUAAUCCAAGAUGACAAGAAGGAGGGAGAAUCUUAUAUGUGUACGGUUAACAACUUACGUUUGAGAUCCUAUGUCCAGGGAGAUGACCAAACCAUACAUCCAAAGCACAGAGAUGAUAUCCCAGAAGAACCUCCUAGGUUGAUGUGGAAGAAUCAGUCUCCCCAGAUAGGCAUGCAAGGGAAGGAUAUCUACAUGAAGUGCAUCUUUGCAGGAUACCCCACACCAGUUGUGACAUGGUCCAGAGAUGACGGACGUCAAAUGCCAUCAAAUUCCGAGGUUGCCUCAUUUGGUCAGGAGUUGAUAAUUAAGAACGCUCAGUUUGAAGAUGCUGGCAAAUACAAAUGUAGUGCUAAGAAUGCUGCAGCGUUCACUGAUAUCACCGAAGAACAUCUUCUCGUUGUGGAUUCACUCCCGUUCUUUGAUACUCGACCAGAAAACACAGAUAUAUCUAUGGGAGAAGACAAGUCAUUCCUUUGUGUUGGAAAUGGACAACCUAUGCCCAGUGUAGAGUGGUUUGUCAACGGGCAACCAAUAGAAGAGUAUGACCCUGACCUCCUGAGUGACGAUGGUUCUAUGCUGGUGUUUAGAGACCUACAGAAGGAUGACACGGCAGUGCUACAAUGUAAAGCUAAAAACAAACAUGGACAGAUCACUGCAAAUGCUUACCUCAAUGUACUAGCUGAGGCUCCCAUUUGGUCAUCAGAAAUGGAGGAUACAAAAUCAGCAGAAGGGACGAAUAAGAAUAUUUCAUGUACUGCCAUUGGUUGGCCAAAGCCUGAAAUAAUCUGGCGUAAAAAUUCCAAUCGUCUCCAUUCGGGGGGAAAAUAUACCAUUCAUCCAGAUGGCAAUCUAGAGAUUAAGGAUGUUCAAGAAUAUGAUGAAUCGGAAUAUGAGUGUGAGGCUGCAAAUCAGUUUGGAAAGAUAUCAGAUACCGUGUUCCUUAUAGUGAAAGUGAAAACCUCCAUUGUGAAAGGACCAGAGAAUGAGCGUCAGGUUGCGGGGAAAUCUAUCGUUCUUGAGUGUAGUGCAACAACUGACCAAUCAGAACUGAGUGCUCUAAGCAUCCGCUGGACUCGAACCAUUCCAGGCUUUGAGGAUGUAGAAAGUGAACUAAUUGAGAAUCGUCUAGAAGGCAACAUCAUGUAUAGUAAGUUAACUUUGGAAGAUGUAAGACUGGAAGAAUCAGCAGAAUACACCUGUGUAGCAAGUAAUGAACUUGACACUGCCACCAGUACAGCUGCAGUAACCAUUGAAGAUGUUCCCUCUCCCCCCACAAAUGUCAAACUCAUUAAAUGUGGUCCAAAAUCAAACUCCCAGUUCUACAGAGCACGAAUCACAUGGACUGCUAGCCAGGACAACAACUCACCUCUUGAGAGGUACCACGUCCAGUAUAAGACAGAGUACGACGAUCAAUGGUUUGAGGAUGAGAAGUACGUCACUGGUGAUGACACGCAGCAUGACAUCACAAAGCUUUCUCCAUGGGCUAGUUAUACGUUCCGUGUGGUUGCCAGGAAUGGUGUUGGGAUUAGCAAAGGUAGCAAGCCUACUGCUGAUAGCUGUGACACUCCCUCUGCUGUACCUGCUAAGCACCCUGAUAAUGUUGGUGACCAUAGUGAUGAGACAGGAUGUCUUACCAUUACUUGGGAUGCUAUGCCAGAGAUAGAGCACAAUGGUGAAGGCUUCCACUACGUUGUUAGCUGGGCCCCAGGGACACUACCCGCUGACGACUCUACCUGGAGAUCAGAACAAGUCCGUCUCUCUGAUAAUGCUCCAGGAAAAUGGAAGGUUAUCACUGGUGAUACAUAUAAGCCAUAUGUGGUGAAAGUUGAGGCAGUAAAUGAUGAAGGAAAAGCAAUAGGCGAGGCAAUGGCUGUUCAGACAUAUUCAGGAGAAGAUGAACCCCAGACAGCACCCUCAGACUUUGCCCUCUCUGAUGGUAAACUCAAUGCGUCAUAUGCCACAUUUGAAUGGACCACUGUGGACUGCAGUCCCAGGAACAUGAGAGGUUUCUUUGUUGGGUACAGGAUACACUUUUACAAGAAAGAAAACCCUGACAUCAGUAGAUCCACUGACAUAAUCCUACAAUCUUACCCUGAGGAUACACUACGUUGUGAUAAACGUCGCUUCAGGAGACAUACGACAGGCAAAAAAAUGACUGGCCAUUCCAACACCUUAUUUGGUAACUCAGAACUGGAAGCUUACGUUGUCGCUAUUAACAGAUUCCAUGAAGGUCCAAGCAGUAAUGUUGUAACAUUCAGGACACCAGAAGGAGUACCCGAUGAGGUUGGAAUGUUUGAGAUCUUACGUAAAGGGUCCCAUCAUAUGGAUCUGGUGUGGAAGAAACCCUCCCACCCAAAUGGAGACCUUACUGGAUAUAAUGUAGAAUACACAGCAUUGAGAGAAGAUGGAAGUUCAAUCCCAGAACUAUAUGGAAACAAGAAGGUGACUGACCCCAGUAUAACGACUGUUAAGUUGGAUUCAAUUGCCCCUAAUACACUCUAUAGGAUAUGUGUUGCUGCCACUACAGCCCAGGGUAAUGGCAAGUGGAAAUGCUUAGAACGGAAAACUCAUCCAGAUGUCGCCCCAGAUGCACCAGUAGUUGACAUUGAUAUUUUGGAUGACACCAGCGUCAACAUCAGCUGGCACAAAUCUCUUGAAACCUCUAACCCUGGCGCUUCAUUCUAUAUGCAGUAUAGACCUGAGGGUAAAGAAGUGUGGCAUGCAUAUGACGAGACAGACAGUAUCCACUGGCGCAAUCUGACAGGCCUCACAACAGGAGUAUUGUAUGAAGUCCAGGUUGUUGCUAUUAAUGGUGCUGGGGUAAAGAGCUCCAGUGAAAUACACACUUUCAACCUCGGGAAAACAGCUCGCCAGGUGGCAGCAGCAACAACUAAUAUUGGGUUGAUAGUCGGAAUCUUUAUUGUGCUACUCAUCGUCAUAGUUGCAGUGAUAGUGUUUGUGUUGUGGAGGCGCAACAGAGGAGGCAAAUACCCAGUGCACGAGAGAGAGAAGCAGAGAAGGAAAGACAUUAAUGGACCAGAUCCUUGUGUUCCAUCAUUUGAUGAAUACAAACCAAAACCCCUUGAGGAGGAGAUGAGUCCAGCAACCUACCAUGAAGAACUCGAGGACAUGAAACCAGCAUCAGAUAGCAGUAGCUUUGAUGAAUACGGCAGCAAUGAUCCUUCUAACUUUGAUGAACAAGGAGCAUUUUUACAUGGCCAAAGAACUUCUCAAGGCCCCAUGAGAUCCUUCCAUCCAGGAGCGUAGUCUAGAAUGCAUUGAGUUUAGUUAGCAGUGAAACUAAGGGGCCCAUGUGUAAUAUAAGUGCAUCAAAUGCAAAUUAACGAAAUGCCAAAUUAGAUGACUAGGAGGUGGCAUUUGAAGCAACUUGCCAACAUAUGUGGAAGACUACAUGUAUAUCUUGCAUGUUAGAUAUCACAAUGGCGCUGGUUAAACCAGUACAGAGUGAACCAAAAGUAUUACAAAAAGAUGAUUCACAAGAACAAAGUUAUAAUUAGUGAAGUGAAAAACAGUCACUUAACAUUUCUAUCAAGUUACAUUCAGUACAAAAGUAUUACUACCAGAGUACAAAAGUACAAGCGAGGAUCUCAUUUGAGAAUUGAAUUUUGCUUUUAAUUUUUUUAAAAGUUUAUGAUUCCAUUUUAUCCAUUGAAUAAUAACUGGAAUGUUAUGGAAUGUUCUAGAACUGCUAGACAUAUGUUAGGUCCAUAUGCAUAUUAUAGCACUACAUGGCAUGUCUAAGGAUCAUGUUGCAUGUUCUAGGAUCAUAUG